UUUCACUUAAUUUUUAUCCUGCCAAAUUUGAAAGCCUUUUAACUUAGUGAUUUUAGUGUAAACAGGAGCAGAAGAAAAUGUAAUUAUCUAAGUUUCGCACUGUCACCCAGGCUGGAGUGCAGUGCCGUAAUCAUAGCUACUGCAGCCUUGAACUUCUGGCCUCAAGCAAUUUUCCCACCUCAGCCUGCCAAGUAGCUAGGACUACAGCUGUGUGCCACCACACCCGGCUAAUUUUUAAAAAUUUUUGUGGAGAUGUGAACUGGCUGUGCUGCUCAGGCUAGUCUUGAACUCCUGACUUCAAGUAAUCCUCCCACCUUGGCUUGCCAAAGUGCUGGGAUUACAGGCGUGAGCUCCUGCUCCUGGCCGAGAGUUUAGUUUUGUUUGCUAGUGGGCUUCUUGGUAUCUUUUCAUAUUUGAGGCUUUGGACUAGUGCUGAAGUAUUACACUCACCAUCUAAGGUUUACAGGACUUUUAGUUUAAUAUUGAACAGAUGGAACUAUUUAGUUCUAUAUCUUUGCAGGUAUACAGAAUGUGCCUACCAGGAAUCUGCUUUAUAUCCAUUGAAAGCAAGAAAUAAUACAGUAAAACUUUGCCUGGCUAGAGGCUUUGAAAGAAUGGCGUAUUCUGGUUUAAGUCUAUUAACUUGGAAGUAUGAAGAUGAAAAAAAAUUCAAAACUUAAAUUUCCUGUUGAAUGCAAUUUGAAAAUAUAGCCAAUGAUUCCACUUUUCUACUCUAGUAAGGUUGGACAUUCUGAUCUACUUGGUGUUUUGUUAUAGAACUGCUAGUGUGCCUGAGUCUUACAUUGUGAAGAUACUUUUUUAAAACUUGAGAUGUAAGAGGAUGUAAAUGGUUUUGUAGGAGAUCAGGCUGGAUGAGAACGGACACUUGUAAACAUACUUUUUACACUAAAUCUCUGAUUGCCACUUGUUUUCUUAUGGAACUCAUAAAAAUAAAACACAUUGGAUGGAGGGUGCGAGUAGGAAGGAGGUUCAUGUCUUUUAAUUACAUGUCAUUUUUCAUAACAAGGCAGAACAUAUGGUAACCCUGGCUUUGGACCUACAGAAGGAAAUACAUUUUACUACCUGCUUUAUGCCAGAGGUUCUUGAACACCUGGAGGGAUUACUGCAGCACACAUUGCUGAACCCUACUCCAGAGUUUCUCAUUCACCAGGUCCAGGGUGGGGCCUGAGAAUUUGCACUUAUAAAAAGGUCUCAGGUGCUGCUGGUGCUGCUAGUCCAUAGACUACAUUUUGAGAACCACUCUUGUCUAUCAAGUGUAAAUUGUAGAACUCUAGAAAAAAGCUUAGUUUGGUCUGGGAUAAGAAGCACAGAGGUUAUGGAGAAAAUCAUGGAAGAUUCAACCCUUGAUCCCAGCCUAGUGUGGAUUUCAGGUAACAAGCAAUACACAGUGACAUAACACAAUUCUUGGUUUUCAUGAUUGCAAGGCAUAGCCAGGUAUCAAGUGAGAAAUUCAGUUUCAUUUGCAAGGCUUAGAGAGGCCAGGUGAUUCUAGAAAAAAUGGGCCUUGUAUUUGUUUUAAACCAGUAAAGAGCCAUAAGUGCUUAUUAAAUUGGAAGCUUUGUGUUCUUACUUAUUUUGUAUCUUAUUUUAUUUUAUUUCUUUUGAGAUGGAAUCUUGCUCUGUCGCCCAGGCUGGAGUGCAGUGGCAUGAGCUUGGCUCACUGCAACCUCCGUCUCCUGGGUUCAAGUGAUUGUCCUGCCUCAGCCUCCCAAAUAGCUGAGAUUACAGGCACCCACCACCAUGCCUGGCUAGUUUUUGUAUUUUUAGUAGAGACAGGGUUUCUUCAUGUUGGCCAGGCUGGUCUUGAACUCCUGACCUCAGGCGAUCCACCCACCUCGGCCUCCCAAAGUGAUGGCAUUACAGGUGUGAGCCACCGCACCCGGCCCAAAAGCUUUGUGUUUUUAAAGAUAUUAGACAUGUUUCUUGUUUUUAAAAGAAAUCUUAACAGUAAUGUAGGAGGAUAAGACAAACAUUUUUCCAAAAAAGAGAAAUCAUUGUGAUUAUUUUGUCUUAUUGGAAUGUCGGAUACUAUAGUCGGCUUCAUUAAUCAUCAAGCAUGCUAUGGAUUUUCCAUUUUUAUAGGAUCUAUAUCUCAGUUAAGGUAAUACUGGUAAUUCUUGUGCUCCAUUUGAAGAUGAAAAAUAUAGGCCAAAAUCAUAGACUUUGCAUAGAAGCUGGAUAAUGAAGACAGCUCUGGAGGAACACAUAGAUACACACACACAGAUGCACAUAUAUUUUUUAAAGUUUAGUUUUUACAGUUUUAAAGCUUUUAAAGCAAAAGCCAGCCCCUCCCUUCUCCCAGAGUGGGCGGCCCCUCCCCUCUCUCUGAGUGGGCGGGGACAGCGGUUGUAUGGGCAGCUUUCCUUAUGACACCACAGGUCCCUUUGGACAUGCUGCUGCCUGGCCACGCCUCCUUUCCCUUUCAUCUUUCCCACUGACCAAUGGAUUUGGAGCAUUAAGGCCAUGCCCCUAUUCUGCGUUCUAGUGGGGCCCUGGUUACGCCUCCUGUGGCUGAGUCGCACAGCUGCCUGGUAGGUGACUGGAGGCAUUCAGCAGUGCUCACUGGGAUUUCGCUGAUGGUGGCCCCAAGCCCGCCUCCCUCCCCACCCCGCAAUGUCACAAAAAACACAACAGGGGAAAUUGGUCGCAGCCGAGAAAAAGUUAAAAGAAUAUUGGCACAGGAAGAGCCCUGGCAUUCCAGCAGGAGCUAACAGGAAAAAGAAAAUCAAUGGCAGUAGCCCUGACACAGCCACUUCUGGUGGUUACCACUCACCUGGGGAUAGCCACUACCAAGAACUAGCAGUAGCCCUGGAUUCAAGCUCCGCAAUAAUCAGUCAACUCAGUGAAAACAUCAGUUCACUGCUUCGCACAUUGAAGGAGGAGAUGAAGCAUGAGAUACAUCAGGUACAGAAGCUUGGGAGGAGCUUGUUCAAACUCAAAAACCAGAAAGCUGAACCCCUGGCCCCAGAGCCCCCAGCAGGGCCCUCUGAGGUGGAGCAGGUACAAGAUGAGACCAACCACCUAAGGAAGGAGCUGGAGAGUGUGGGAAGACAGCUCCAGGCUGAGGUGGAAAACAAUCAGAUGUUGAGUCUCCUGAACAGGAGACAGGAGGAGAGGCUACGUGAACAGGAGAAGAGGCUAUGUGAGCAGGAGAAGCUGCCAGGGCAGGAGAGGCUGCUGGAAGAGGUGGAGAAGCUGUUAGAACAGGAGAGGCGGCAGGAGGAGCAGGAGAGGCUACUGGAGAGGGAGAGGCUGCUGGACGAGGUGGAGGAGCUGCUGGAACAGGAGAGGCUUCGGGAGCAGGAUGAGAGGCUGUGGCAGCAGGAGACUCUGCGGGAGCUGGAGAGGCUGCGGGAGCUGGAGAGGAUGCUGGAGCUGGGGUGGGAAGCCCUCUAUGAGCAGCAGGCCGAGCCACGCAGUGGCUUUGAGGAGCUGAACAACGAGAACAAGAGCACACUGCAGUUGGAGCAACAAGUAAAGGAGCUGAAGAAGCUGGGUGAGCUGAAAGAGACGGUAACCUCCGACCCAUCCAAGAAGAUCUGGGAGGCAGACACCAGCCUCUGGGGAGGGGAGGUGCCAGGCCAGAGGCAGCUGCAGCCUGGGGACAGGUGACCCCAGCACCCUCCAGGGCAGUCCUAUGACUGUCUCUUGCUUCCUGCCCUCUGACUUUCAGAGGUGGGUAGCCCUGGGCUCCUCCCAGGUCUGGACAUCAUCAUCCCAGCUAGAGGCAUGGAGGCCCCCCAAUCACAAGAGGAAGAGACAGUGGUAUAAGAGGUUCCUUAUGUCGGGUGUGGUGGCUCACGCCUGUAAUCCCAGCACUUUGGGAGGCUGAAGCAGGAGAAUCUCUUGAGGUCAGGAGUUUGAGACCAGCGUGGCCAACAUGGCAAAACCUCAUAUCUACUAAAAUUAAAAAAAAAAAAUAAGCCGGGUCUGGUGGUGCAUGCCUGUAGUCCCAGCUACUCAGGAGGCUGAGACACGAGAAUCACUUGAGCCCGGGAGGUGAAGGUUGCAGUGAGCUGAGAUUGCACCACUGCACUCCAGCCUGGGACACAGAGUGACACUGUCUCAAAACAAAACAAAACAGAAAAAAAAGACUCCUUAGAUUCAAACUGGAUUCCAGCCUCGGUUCCACUGGUCACCAUUCAACUACUGUUCAUCUCUAAGUCUCUGUUUCUUUAACUUCAAAAGGAAGUUAGCCUUUUCCUUGCAGAGGUGCUGAGGAUUAAAUGAGAUGAUACGUGGAAACAUUAGGCAUGUAGCACACUUAGCAGUUGGUGGUUGGCUCCCCCUGCUUUUCCACCAGUCUGUGGCCUACAGUUUAAAUGCUGGGAAAAAGGAUGUGAGAUUUGAGGCUGGGGAAGGAGGCAUGGGAUUCUAGGCAAGGGAGGCAGAGUCUCUUAGGGCUGGAGCGAGGGGCCAGGGACCUGGGCAGGCCACAGAGCCCCACAGUGCCCUAGCUACCCUAUUAAUGGGCCAGGAAUCUGGAAGCCAGCCACCACAUGCCCUCAUGCCCAGGGUCUUCCGGCAGGUGGAGCUGAAGAGCCAAGAGGCUCCGAGUCUGCAGCAGCAGCCAGACCAGUACCUGUGUAGGGCUCUAGGAGCCCCGAUCCCACAGGAGCUUGGGUGUGCGGACAAGCAGGGUGGUGAGUAGAGCCCUCAGCCGGGAUGGACAGACAGGAGCAGGGGAGGCUCGCACUGUGCUCAGAUUCACACCUCCCCUCCCUCUCUCUGAAGAUCUUUGUGAGGUGAGCCUCACUGAUAGCGUGGAGGCUGCACCAGGAGAGGACAGGGAGGGUUCUCCCCAUGACAACCCCACUGCGCAGCAGAUCCAGCAGCUGCUUCCUCUAACGCAGGACUCCCCAGGAGCACCCAGGCUUGGGUGGAGAAGCUGUUGGUACAGGAGAGGCGGCACGAGGAGCAGGAGAGGCUGCAUGACAUUCUUUUCGGGCUGCCGAGAACAGGGAGAUAAACAUCACCAUCAUCUAAGAGCUGGUCAAGAAAUUAAAAAAAAAAAAAAAAAGUUAAGGGGUUAAUCUCCCACACAAUUCAUUUACUUCAUUUGAAUGUUAGAGCCACUUAUGUUUAUUUGUGUUUCUAAUUUAUAGUUUAAAUUUAUUUGUGUUUGUAAUUUAUAGUUUAAAUUUGUUUGUGUUUCUAAUUUAUAGUUUAAAUGUAUUUGUGUUUCUAAUUCAUAGUUUAAAUUUAUUUGUAAAAAGUUAAAGGAGAGUGAGUCUUUCCCUCAUGUUCACUCUGGCAUCCUUUAGAAUUUUUUUUUAAUUUGAUAAUUAUAGGACGUUAGCAUGCAUAUCGAGUUUGCCCUUAUGUGGUGGGAGUUCAAACACACAAAGACCCACUAUAUGCACACAACUGUGCUUGCUGGUUUGGGAUAGGCUGCCAUGCUUUUUUAAUGUUAGUGCAGCAUGUAUAUUCAUUACGGAAUUGAGAUAAAAUUUGCUUAUGUUCUGCUGUUAUGUUUGAUCGAAUCCUAAUCACAGUGAGCUCUUCAUUAGCUCAAUAUGUGGUUUGCCCUCAAGUGCGCAGUCUAUUAAUUUGUAAUAUGCCACUGUGAGUACUGACAUUUACAGUUGUUUAAAGGCGGAGCACUGGAAACAGCCUUUCCCCCUUUUUCUGUGUAUUGGGGAUGGGAGUAAUAACAUUUUGGGGAGCUUUUUAAAUCCCCCAGAAGAGGAAAGUGGCCUGUUCUGGCAGGUGUGUGCAGGAUAGAAUAUGUUUCAUUUGUUCCGGUGCCAAGAAUGAGCACUGUACUAUGGUAGUUCCCUUAGGAUUUGUAUGUGCUCUGGGCUCAUGAAGAUAUUGCCUCAUGAGCUGUGGCAGUUGUACUCUUGUUUGAUGACCUAAAAAGGGAUUAUUUCUGAGGAAUGAAAGGCUCCCAUCAUGACUGUGGAUGUGGAAAACCUUUUCUAGCUAGAGCAUUUAUAUCUACAAUACAUUUUAAAGUCAGAGUUCAUGUUCCCUGUUUUAAUCACAUGACUACAUGUCCCAGUACACAAAAGGGCACUGGUUGGCAUUCUUCUUAAUGUAUUUAGUAAAGAUCAGAAGAAAUCCUUUAAGAGUUUACAUGUCCCUUGAACAGGCAUAUACAGGCUCUAGUCAAGAAUGAAUCCGAGUGAAGGAAAGCUGUGUCACACCCGGCAUUCCUCUAUGUUCAUGGAGCUUAUUUGAGGCUAGAAGAUGGAUUUUACCAUCUAGACCUCUCUGGCUAAUACCUAGUCUUCAAGCAUCUGACAUAGGAAUUUACUUCUUUUCCUUGAAUGGAAAAGACUUUAAAAAUAAUAACAAACAUUAUUAUAAACUAAUAUAUGUGAGAGUACUUAGUUGAAACAAAAAGGAGUUUUAGUAGACAGUAUUAUACUACAUUUGAAAAUCAAGGAGAAGUUUAUUCAACUCAAAAUGUUUACAAACUGCAGCGCAAUCUACUGUUUGUGAAUGUGUCAUGAGGAAAGUGUCUAUACAAUCACAGAGUUAUAUUUCCUCACAAAGUUCUUUCCGAAGAGUGAAAUAUGUUUUAAUACCUCUCAGUUUCAGUUAGAGGCAUAUUUUGUGUAAUAUUUAUGGCUUAAAAUGGACUAAAGGUCCUGUUCUUGCCUUUUCUGAACUUGCCGCUUUUGCAUUCUUUGAGUUCAGUGUAAAGACAGUUACUUUAAGUCCAUUUUAAGCCCUCAGGCUAGAAAUCGUACCACUGUUAAUUAGCCACAUUUUUUGGUCUAACAGUUUUUCUUUAUCAUUCUGAAACUGAGUUUAUCUAAUACAUUGAUAAAUUAUUUCAAAGGUAUUUUUAUAGUUCAAGUCGCUUCACUUUUACUCUGACACAUAUAAAUGACUAGGAAUGACCUUCAGAUAGCAUUUAGCAUCUGUAAUCAAUCUGACAAUAAUGUGUUCAUCAGGUACCUGUGGAUUAAAUCACAUACUGGCAUAUUUCAGCUGCAUGUCAAUCUGAAAAAUAAAUGUACUAUAUUAAUUCAAAUACCACUCUUUGUGUAGGUGUUUUGUCAUAUGUUUAAGAAAAAGCUAAAGAGAAUGGAAAUCCUAUGACAAUAACUUAAGUCUUUCUUCAAAGUGCAUGCAGUCUUUUGCAGUACCUCAUUCAGCCAAGUAUUUGUUCUCUUCCUCAUUUAACAUAAGGCAGCUUUCAGUUUGCUUAGAAGGCAACAUUAGAAGGUUAGAGUUCAGCAGAAACAUAGAAUUUUAAAAUAUGACUUCAACUAAAUAAAUUUGAAUUUCUCUAGGGAGUAAAGAAUCAAAACACCUAUUUAAAGACUGCAAUAUGUGAUAAUUAGUUUUAAAGUAAUUGAUUAAACCUGAUAGGUUUUCCCGAAAUGAAAAACAGUUCUAAAACCAAAGCUGAUUUUUAGAAAAUGUGAAAAUGUAAGUCAACCCUAUCCAUAAUAGAUUCUCUAAAACUUUAUCUUACAGUCACUUUCAAAUAACUAUUCAAAAAUGUAACUGCUAUAUUAGUGACUUAAAAUAAUUUAAAACAUUUUAAAAUAUGAAUACUGUAGUUUAAAACAAAGAAUCUAGGGGAAGGAAAAGUAGACAAAGAAAUGCCAAUUCCAGUCCAAAGUUUUAUUUGCCAAGUUUUCUUAGAAUAACUUUUACUGAUUUAUGAAUUCUUAUACACAGAAUGUAUAAUGGAAAUAUUGAUUUUUGUCUAAAGUGGCAUUAUUGACUGCUUCUGUGAUGCUACUGUAAUGUAAUAAAUUAUUAAAUUGUUUCAAGGUG